AUGUUUCUCAUAAAUUAUAUCAAAUCCGUAAGUUUUUUUCUUUUUCCAAAAUUUUUCUCAAAAAAAAAUUUCGAAGGUAAUCUGAUAAUUAAACAAAGUGGGCGAAGAGUUCACAUUUUUUUCUAAUCCUCAUUUUUUUUAACCUUCCGGAGAGUCUUUCUUUUUUCUUCUGAACGUGAGAGAAAAAACAGGAAAUUUAUUUUUCGAUGAAUUUAAAGAAAAAAAAUAAGUUUCGUAUUUGUAUUUCAGAUUGUCUUUUUCUUUUUUUUCCAGAAAAAAAUGUAGGAAAACAAGACGUAGAAAAUAACAAAAGCAUUUUUUUCUUGGAAAAGUAUUAGUUGAUAAGGUUUUUGCAAGAAAACGUUAAACUUAAGGUCGUAAAGUGCGUAAUUGUGCUUUCGUUGUUGAACGUUGCUUAUCUUUUUUUUUUGUAACAAAACCUAGAAUAUAUGAUUUUGUUCUUCUUAGCUUAACACGUGAUAUUUUCUCAUUAUUUUCUUCUUGUUUUUCUAACGGUUUGCAAGAAACGGUCUGCGAACAGCUAUAUGCGUUGAACGAUCUGCGUUGAACGGUCUGCGAUUAACGGUCUGUAAAUUGAAUUUCACAACAAGAUUGACCUAGCCAAGCAAUUACCUGAAAUCGGAUUUAGAUAUGACUAAUUUUCAAAGAAUUAACAGAAUCUAGUCUUUUCCAGCCCAAAAAAACUCUAUCAAAUUUGUUUCUAAAUUAUCAGGAUUAAUUUCACUCCCACUGUAUGAUUCACAACGUUUUUCUCAUUUCCGGCAAAACUAAUUUUUUCCGUAUUAUUUUAUUUUCCACUUUUUUUCAAAAUUAAAAAGAUAAGAAACAAUAUUAAAUUAUUAGUUUCAAAUGCACACUGGCGUCAUAUAAUUUUCAAUAUUUUUCAAACAAUUUUUGAUAGUAUACUAUUUGUGUAUGUUUGUUCGAAGAGUCGUCUUUUUCUUUUGUCAUUCUUAUCAGACUACUAUUAUUAUUAUGAUUAAACCAAACCAUUGAUGCCCAUUUUCAAUUCUUUUUGUAGUUAUUGUUUAAAAAAACUUUUUACAGUUUACCUCCAGGAAAUCUAAAGAAGAAGAAGAAGAAAACGUGAUGGCUCCACCUCAAGAAGGGCCAACUUUGCGAAAUUCACCACUUAACAGAUAUUCACCACCUACUAAAUAUUAUGACACUAAUUCAAAUUAUACACAAAUCUCUUUGAUGAAACCAGAACCUUUGGAAUUACCAUCUUCUAAGAAUCCAGGUUUCCUUCAAAAUUUCAUUUUCCCCCUCUGUUUUUUUCUUUGUUAUUGUUUGCUCAUUUUUCCCUUUGUCCUCACUUUUUAUCAUUUUAUAUCUACUUUUUUUUCAAAAAAAAAAAUCAAAAUUUUUCCAGCCUUCAUAAACAUGCCAAAACAAGCGGGAUUUAAUCGUGUUUUAGAUGGCUUGAAAAAACGACAACUUUUACACGAUUUUCGUUUGGAACGAGCUGCUGAUGUUUAUAAUCCAAUUCAAAAUAUUGGAUCUGGAGCAUUUGGAAUUGUUUGUGAAGCUGAAGAAACUUCGAGCAGAACUCGUGUUGCUAUCAAAAAAAUUGCACACGCUUCUGCGACUCCAACAUUAGCUAGACGAACUUUACGUGAAAUUCGUGUUUUACGUCACAUUAAACAUAAUAAUAUUGUCAGACUUCGUGAUAUUUUCCGGACCAACGGCCCUCUCGGAAUCGAUGUUUUUCUAGGUAUUUCAUAGAUUCCCCUAUUUUUACCCUUGCAUUAAAAAAAUCAUGUUUUACAGUCAUGGACUUAAUGUCGAUCAAUUUACAUCAAGUGAUUUAUAGUUGGGAAUGUUUGAAGGAAGAAGAUAUUUUAUCAUUUCUUAUGCAGUUAUUGAAUGGGCUACAGGUUCGUGAAUUUCAAAUUUGGCAACAAAAAGCAAAUUAUGCUUAUCUGAGAAAAAGAAUACAGUUCAUAGAUUUCAAUUUUUCCUGAUAAAAAGUAAUUGUUUACUAAAAAGUUUCGUGAACAAAGAAAAAAGUAAUAAAAAAUAGUCUGUGAUUGGCGGUCUGCAUUUAACGGGCUGCGUUUGACGGGCUGCAUUUAACAGUCUUCGAACAGCGGUCUGCACUUAAUGGUCUGCGUUUAACGGUCUGCGAACAGCGGUCUGCAAUUAACGGUCUCGGUCAGAAAACGGCGAGGUCGCUACCAAUCGGGGCGGAGUCGCUACACGUUUCGGGCGACUGGCCCGAGGCUCUUUGGGCGAGCUUGGGGCGACUCGCCCGAGCGUGGAGCAACUUGCCCCGUUCUCGCCCCGAUCCACUCUCUCGGAGGGUGUCCAGAAGCAUUUUUCAAAAACUGUAUCUAUGGAGCAAAAGUAGAUCUACUUAUAGCUUUAUUACCCUACAUUUAUAUGGGCCAUUUAAUCAAUGGAUCACUGUGAAAUCCCGAAAAAAAGGCAUAAAAACCAUGAUUUUAAAAACGGGCAAGAAUUGUAGCGAGUUGCCCGGCACUCGCCACUUUUGAGGCGCGCUUGGGGCAACUCGCUGCAAAACGAGUCUCGAAAAAUGUGCAGCGAGUCGCCCCGAGCUAUGUCGUUUUUUGGCCGAGGUCUACGUUUAACGGGCUGCAUUUACCUAAACCCCUUUUUUUCUAAUACUCUUUUUUUAGUACUUGCACAAAGCUUCGAUUGCUCACCGAGACUUAAAACCAUCAAAUCUACUAGUCGAUGAGAAUUUGAACCUACAAAUUGCCGAUUUCGGAAUGGCGAAAUGUUAUCAUAAAGAGGCAUUAAGAGCUGAUGAUCCAGAUGAGCACUGUUUUUAUAUGACACAACACGUGGCAACACUUCCUUACAGGUUUUUGAUUCAGAAAACAUGCGGAAAAAACAAAUCGACAAUUUUCAGAGCUCCUGAACUUUUAUAUGUUCUUCCGGAACACUCAACUGCAGUUGAUAUGUGGGCUGUUGGGUGUAUUUUUGGUGAAAUGGUGUUGAAAAGUGAAGUUUUCCCGGGAAGAAAUGUUCAAAAUCAAAUCAGAAUGUUGCUCGCUGUCUUUGGUCGACCACCACAACAUGUACGUUUUUCUUGGGUAGAUAAAAAAAAAUUCUCAAUUUUCUUAUCGGAUUAUUGUGACAGAUGUCAAAAAAGUGUUCCGUUACUAUUUCAAAGAAAUGAGUUUUUAUCAAAUUAGAGUGAACUUUAAAAUUUUUCCAGAUUAUAAAUGAAGUUCGAUGUGACAGAACUCGAAAAUUGAUCGAAGAUGCUGAUAACUUUGUGGAACUUACAUGGGAAGAAUUUUUGUUCAAUAAAAAUCGGAGUGAAAAUGUAAAAGAUUUUUUAAAGAAAUCUCAACAACAUUUUUUUUCCAGCAAAACAUUUUUGAAAAUUGUGAAGCUGUCAGUUUUAUACGUCAACUUUUCGAAGUCGAUGCAAAUGAUCGACUCACUAUUGAUGAAGCACUAAAUCAUCCAUAUAUUAAAAAUCAUCCAAAAGCUGAAAAAUCAUAUUUGAAUAACACUUCAACGUGCCCUUUUUAUGUGAGUCAAAAAUAAAUUUCAAAUUUUUCUUGAUCUACCAAAUGUUUUUUUUGUAGAUCAAACAUAGUAUGAUUCAAGUGGAAAAAUUGAAUCAUGCAAAAUUGAUAGAGGAAUUACAAAAAGAUGCACCAUCAGCGACACAUCAAGAACUUCACAGUGGAAGUGAGUUUCAAAAAAAAUUUUAAUUUUUUUCUGUAUGUUUUUGAAAAAUAAUAUGUUUAGCUCGAAAAUGGUUUGAGGGUGCAUUUUUACGCGAAUCAGACAUUUAUAAAAACUGGUAUAUAAAAUACCCGGUGUCAUUUUCCCUAUGUAGUUUUGUCAUUUUGAAAAUGUGUCAUAUCCCUUUAACCAUUUUUCCAGAGAACCUUUUAAAAAAUGAUUUUCAGAAUCAACGGGGAGCAGCAGCUCAUCUGAAAUGUCAACUGAAUGCAGUGGUGAAGGUUUUCAAGAAGAUGAAUCUAAUUUAGAAGAAUACCAACUUCAAAUUUCAGUUUGCACCUCAGAAGAUUAG